GGAAAAGACACUCCACGUCACGGAGGUGUAACGUCGGCGUCAGUGCUACACAAGGUGCUACCUCAGUACUGUACCACUGAACAAUCACAGAUUUCCUCAUGUAGGUUACAAUAACUCGUUUCCCCACAAAGCGAAGAUAUUGCUCGGCUGUUUCCUCGUUGGUCGGCCUCGGUGGAGAUCCUGGAAUCCCCUGAAGUGCUCCUCUGCCUCAGCGUCUAAAUGGGUGAAUCAGGCUCACGCCGUUCCACACUUGUUUCCCGCCUGCCGAUCUUCCGCCGCAGUAACAGUAAGAGGCAGGAGUCUCUCCCCUCCUCUCCUUCUUCGGGCGGAGUAGGAAAUGGUGUCCACAGCUCUUCACCUUCCAGCACCAACUCCAGUUCUGGCAGUACAGGGAAACGCAGAAGCCUCUUCCGCACUCCAUCCCUCAGCUUCACAGCCAAGCGGAACAGUGAGCCUCGCGUCCAGCCAAUCAACCUAAACCUCACACCUCCUCUGUCACAGGGCAUCGAUGCAAAUGGAAACAACCAGCAGACGAUAACUACAUCAGCGUCAGCGGGGUUCAGUGAUGGUGGUGGACGGCCCAAGCCGCGCCACUCAUUCGGGUUCGGCAGUAGCAAGCAAAAGAAAAUCACACGUUCUCAGACUGAGGAUUUUGACAAAGCUUCCUCAUCCUCCUCCACGUCCAAUCGCAAUGUGUUCAUAAACUGCAUCAGUGGCUCAGGAGCCAACGAGGGGGACGACUCGGGGUUCCUCGAUGACUACAGCGCGGGGAGUACUUCCAACAAGCGACCAACCCGCCAAAAGAAACAGCUGCUGCCCAAAUCUUUCUCAGCUCACCACCGCUUCUCUCGAAACUCUGAUCACCACAGACCUCCCGAAGUGAACCUGGAACCUCCGAGCUCCACCACCAUUACUCCAGCUGCUGGAGGGCUCACCCCGGGGUCGUGGCCUGGUGACCUGCUGGGUGCAGGUGGUGAGAGCUCCCUCCAGUCCCCUAUGAUAUCAGAGGACCGCACCACAGCCAUCACCCCUUCAGAGUUCAUCCCCAUCACAGAGGAUUCUGUGUCAGAGGUGGAUGCCCUGCCAGCCCCAAGCCCUGGGUCUGGAACAGCACCAGAACCACCUGACUCUGUGCCUGGACUGGCUAUUGACACGGCUGCACCAGACCCUCCAGCUGCUCCAGAAAACUUCAGUGUGGUUGUCUCUACCUCACAGGUUUUCUUCACUCCAGUCCAGUCCAGCACCGAAAAGCCUCUCCUCCCCGACACCAGCACAGCCAACAACACAGACUAUGAGACUGCCGUUUCCCUCUCAGAGCCUGAGACAGCUGUACCCUGCCUACCUCUGAAGGAACAAUCACGCGAAGAGAGGAGGGAGAGGGAGGAGGAGAGGAAGGAAGCCAGGGAUGAUGUGUUUGCAGAGCAGAGGAAGGGGUUAGCGGAGAAGAAGAAGUCCGGAUACCACACGGAAACCACAAGUGAGAGCGAGGCAUGUGUGGUUCGCAGCGAGGGUUGUCACUCCAACCCUGAGCAGUCGGAACGAAGGCCUAGAAACACACUCUCGGUUCAAGAGAGAGGAAGUUUCUGUGGCUGCCACGAACCCAGGUCCUCACACUUGAGGAAACCACACACAGCCUCUCUGUGCAGCAGCGUCAGCCCCUAUCAUGAGGUGAUGCGGAUGGAAAGGCGUCUGCGCUCCUCAUCUGAGGGGGCUGGUGGACCUCGUAUCCAUGGCAACCAUAGAGAUGCCCCUGGCAUGGAAGGAUGUGGUCUGCUCAAACACAGAAACAACUCCUCAUCAUCCAAAAUGGGAAGUCUGGAUGUUCUGAACAAUCUGGGUUCCUCAGAGCUGGAUGAAGAUGAUCUUAUGCUGGACCUGGACCUCUCCGAUGAUCAGCGACAUCGGCAUGUUUCCAGAGAAGACUCCAGCCAGUCCCUUGCGUCAUGUCUCAACCUGCUCCCCUCCCCUGACCAGUCGGGUGAUCGAAUCCCUGGAAGAGAACACCAGAGGGAGCCCAGCCGUCCAACCAGCCUCCUGCCCAAUGACUGGAGCGCCAUGCUUGGAUUGGGGAGGGAAGAUGAGCCUUUAACUCCCGGGCUUGAGACCCUUCCGCUUCGACUGAUGCAGCAGGACUGUACAGCUGUCAAAACCCUGCUUUUAAGACUCAGACGGACACUGCAAGAGAGCACAGAGACGAGUCCUGCCAGCAGCCUACAGUCCCUACCCAUCAGCCCUUGCAGUGAAAAGUCACUUCCAUUUAAGGAUCCCAGCAGAGAGGAGGCCUUGCUGCAACAGCUGAGGGAGAAAGAUGAAGUGAUUCUCAGACUCCAGGGUGAACUGGAGAGUGCCAAAGCUGCCCUGAGGAUGAAAGACUGCCAAAUGACUGACCGCACGACACAGACAGAACACAUGGGGCCAGAGACCAGUCAUCCAGGCCGGUGGUCAGGACACGGCAGCAGCAGCAGCAGUCUGGCUCAAAGGGACAGAAGAGCGGGUCGGGGAGUGGGGGGAGCACUCGGAGGGGACCCCUCUAACCAGUACCUCCCCCACCACCACUAUCACCACCCACCUCUGCACAGCCGGCCUCCUGCCUCUGAACGACACUCUGCCAGGGAAGAGCGUCUGCGUUGCCAGGGGGCCUUGGCACAGUCCACAGCUCCCGGUCUGGCUCCAGGCUCCUCCAUCCUGUCCUCUGCCACCACCUCAGUGUCAGCCUCACCUGCUCCUCCCGCUCAGCUUCAAGUUCCACACCCGGGCCCCAAUCCAAAUCAAUGCACAGGCGCCGGUUCAGCAGCUGCUAAUCACUCCUCAAUUCCAUCUCUGUCCUCCAGGCAGCCAGAAGGGGUGUCCUCUUCUUCUGAGUCCUUAACUCCAGGAGGAGGAGGAGGUGGAGCGAGUCAGUCAGGUGGGGUGAGAAGAGGAGGAGGAGAGCAUCAUCCACCGAGCCAUAUCCCUCGUGCAGUUGGGGCCAGCUCCUCAUCAAGCCUCCUCAGCCUCGCAAGCAGAGGGAGCCCCUCUCCCAGCAUCUCAUCAACCGUCCAAGCCUCCCCUCCACCGCGUCCCCCGUCCUCUGUUUCCUCUUCCUCCUCCACAUCGUCCACGUUUACAGGUCGUUUAGGACAACCGCCUCGAGGCCCUCUAUCUCUACAUAGCUACAGUCGUAAAAAUGUCUUCCUUCAGCAUUCCCUACACACUUCUGAGCUGCAGGCGCUGACGCAGAGAGACAGUUGAGGGAACACAAACAUUUACACCAUCCCAGCCAUGUGCAGCCAUAUCGACUUAAGUGACAAAAGUGUUUGACCUUGAAGAAAAAACUGCUGCUUCUUUAGAACAACUUUCUUGUGUUUCACUAUCCAAAAUUCCCUCCAAGUCAUCACCGGCACGUGCUUACAAUCACACUUGUUUCUCUUCACAAUCCAGACCGCUGCCCCUUUUUCCUGACAUUUUGACCAUGGAUUUGCUCUCUUAAACACUCAUACCCUGGGUCACACUAACACGCACACAUGCACCAACACAAACACACACAUAUCAGGCUGAGGGUAUGAAAAAGGCACUCACCCGUCUGUCAGAACUCCCACGUUGUGUCAUGCUGACAGUUUAGAUGUGCUUACGCCCACAGACGCACAAAGUGCACACAGACUCACAACCUUGCACACAUGCUCACAUACACAGAUCUAGUAGUCACACACCACGCUCUGGUACACACACUCACACAGAGACAUCAUCUGUGAUAUCUCUGCCUCACAAUCUGCACAAAUAAGAGAGCGUUAAAAACUGAGUAAAGAGAAUGAGUCAUGUAAUAGUGUGUGCACUGAAAGAUAUGUAUUUUUUAUUAUUUUAUUUAAUCAUUUAUAUCAGUUAAACCAUGUGCUGCUUCAGGAACUAUGGGACUGAUCUUAAUUUGCGCUCUAUACUCCUACAUUGCCAAAUACUACAUCAGAUAACAUUCCUCUAUGUCCAUUGACACAAAUCCAGAUUUUAAAAAAGUAUUUAAAUCUAGAUUCAUGAAACUUUUACUGCAUGCUUUUAAAAGGUAAGGAAAAUACAGGUGAGCAUUUUGUACAACAAAAACAUGGGACCUUGGCAGCUUUCUAAAGUCUUUUAAUAAUGUUUUCAUGUCAGCUUUCACCUCACUUUGUCAAGAAGGGAAUCAAGAUAAGAUAACCUGCCAUUCCUACAUUUACAACCUUCGUCUCACAUAAAUAAUGCAUCGGUUGUACUUUUGGCCUGAUACUGAAACAUUGUUUUUGUGGAAAUACAUUGCUGCAAUAUUAUCCUCUAUAUAUCAAAGAAUCAAUGUGUGUAUGUGAUAUUAGAAUAGAACAGUACAGGAGUCGAAAAAAAGAGUUGUAUUACCUGCCAUUGAAAUGAAUCACCUUCAAUGACAAGAUGACAUGUAGAGAACUACUGUAGCACUACUGAAAACACACCUCGCAAAAUCAAAACACAUCGGACAAUAAGACUGAGCAGAACAAGCAUUAUGUGUUUAUACAGACUGGUAUGAAAAAAAAAUCUAUGUUUGGAACGAAGCCUGUCGUAUCUUGUUGAGGGCUUUGUAUUGAACAGGAAAAAACUUACUGGUGCUUUGCUUCAAUGACAGCAUCAAUAUCCAUUUUAAGAACUCAAAAGAAAAAUGCUUCAAAAACUGGCAUUACAGCAGGCUUGCACAUUUUCUAUAACAAUUUUAUGGAGGCAAUCAAGUGAGUAGAGUCGGAGUCUGUUUCGGGAAGCAAGUGACAGAACAAAUAUUGCACGCAAAGUUGUCUUCUUGAUGGAAUAAUGACAAAAACAUGAUUUUACAAGCCAUCUCAUUUGUGAAACAUCAGUGCUGAGUUGUUGUUUUUUUUAAUUUUCUGAUAUCAGUUUGUUUUCUGUUAUCUGUCUGAUCUUAAAUGGCUGGUUAUCUUUCAAAAACAAACCUGAAAACAGCAUUUGGUACGGUACGGCAAGCGUUUUAUGUUGUAUUGGGCAGUAGGAUGCACAUUUUCUGAAUGAGAUUUACACGUAUUGUAACUGCCGCGCUCUGCUGGGUCGUCACUCACACUUUGGUGAGGAAACGUGUCACAUUUUAAUAAGUGAGAAAAACCUGUAUUUUUUUUCAUCUAUGAACAUCCAGACAGCAUUACAACCUGUCUAUCCUGCCACUGUUGAAUACAUUUGCUCUGUUGAACUGAGUACACUGGUAAACAGACUCCUUUUUUUUCCCAAAAGGCUUUGCAGUAAACAAAUCUUAUUAGGUCAUUCAGGAAGUGGGGGCCUGCCCUGUUGCUGUGUACAGGCUAGAAGUUUAGCGCUCCAGGCAUCUACACAAAAUGUUCUGGAGAAGUUGUUGACCUUGUAUGUGUCUAAACGGCAUCUGGCUGUAGGGAAGUUGUGUAAAUUGGUGUGCGUGUGUGUUGUAAUAUACACCUCAUGAGGCAAGGACCUGGUAAAGGUGAAGAAAAGCCUGGAGAAACACAGCUCUGCUCCCACCGGUGCCACUCUCCUUCUUUUAAGCCCUCUUUCUGUCCUCAUUUCUUCCUGUACCUUAUCUUCACCUCUCUGUAGUCUCUUUCAGCAUCUCCUUAUGCAUCUCCCCCCUCUGUUUCCCAGAAUCCCUCUCCUGUGCGUGCACUCCAGAGCUCCUUUUUUGUUUCUCUCCUAUUUCUCAAUCUGUUUCUUCCUCCCCUUCUCUGUCCCAUGUCUCUGUAUCUCUUUCCCCUUGCUUGUGUUGUCAUACCGUAUUUCUUAUGCUGUGGCUCUCAGUCCUGGGUUCUGUAGUGCCGAUGAUUUUCAUUCCAGCUGCCUAAUCGGGGAAUAAUUUUACACCUGGUGAAGGCAAUUAGGUACCUGGUAGGGAAGAUAGGCCAGCAGUGAUGGGGCUCCUGAGGACCUGGGCAGAGAACGGCAGCUGUAAUGUGAACUAAACAUUCCCUGCUUGAUUUGUUUACAGGUGCCGGGUAACCAAGGAUGGCCUCUGAGGGACUGCUAGUAACAACCUUUGUCAAUAAAUGCCACAUAAUGCACUUGACACCAUGUGAAAUGUCACAAAGGGAGCAUUUGACCCUGUUUGCACUGCCCACUUAGAUUUAUCUUUUCUUUGCUGUGUCUGAAACAGCUGUGCUCAAUUCAACUGUGUUUAAAUUGGAAGAAAAAAAACAGAAAGGUUGGCUGCUGGUCAUGUCACAUAUCUUCAAGGGAAAAGUCUUCUUUUGAGAUGACAGAUACAUGUGACACUGAGGUCUUUUAAGGGCAUUUUUCUACACAGAUUUUGAAUAUCAUUGCUGGAAAAUAAGGGUCUGCAAUCAUGAAGCACUGACACCUCAUAAACCUCAACUCCUCACUUUACUAAGAAGCCUGGUGUGCAUUUAAGAUGCUACAUUUCAGUUUUGGGUGUUUUAUUCAUUGUUUUUUGCCUUAUUUUUAUUUAUUGCCAUAGACAGUUUCUUUAAAGUGUUGUGGCACUAUCAAAUAAAAAUAGAAGUCAUGUAAUGACCAUGAUGGAAAAGACAAUAAUAAUCAUGGUCUUGUUGAAUCACAGAUUGACUCUCUUAACUUUGUUUUGCUCACUGUAAUUAAGUUUUUCUUUCUUAUUGCUGUAAUAAUGAAAUUGAAAUGUACAAUUUGUAAAUAAAUUAUCAUUGCUGUUGAUGUUUGUCUAAGAACACAGGCGCUUUGUAAUCCUGUAAUUGAACCUCUAGAUAAGGGUUCUUGUCUGUUGUUUGUCGGCACACAACAGAUAAAAACACCACAGAAGAAGAUAAGAUUUGGGGGAAAUGCAGAGAGAGAUGUGAGCUGUUACCAAAGCAUUCCAGGCAAUAGUUACAGUUCAGCAAACCUGAUAAAUUUGAAAUGUAAAGGCAAGUUGACGAGCUCAACCUUUACUCCUCUUUGAAAUCCAGCCUUUGCACUUUAACUAUUUAUGCUUGAGAUGACUUUGAAAGACGUUACUUUGCAUUUUUUCUGCCUGUGUUUGAAAAGUGGAUGAUGGUUGAUGAUAAUCUGUUAAAGCUGCUUUUUCACAUCAGUACAAAGUUUGUGUCAAAGCAUAUCAAACUUUUGGGUACAAUCAUACUGUGAGCCUGUAAAUUCCUUUUCUGUCAGUAUGUGAAGGGAAAACAACGACAAAAAAUCUUACUCUAUAGAGCUGUUUUUGCAUUCUUUUGUCCUGUUUGACCCUUUUGAAAAUACAUCUGUUGAAAAAGAA